AUGCCUCGUCUGGAAACAACCUCAGGCUGGCCCCGUUUCAUCUCGGACCUUCGAUCGCUCUCCCCCUUCUCUCCAACCCCACCAUCCUCCCGUCUAUCCAUCUUGAAAUCUCUCCUUCUGCGCUCAGUCCGCCUCACCUCCACCCCUCCUUCCUCUUCUCCUUCCACCCCACCUUUACUUCCACUCCGGAUCCGUCCGUUUAUCCUGCUCUUAACAAUCUUUGUCCUUAUCUUGCUCGGAUUACUUGGUUUCCAUCCCUCAGCAUCGCUCCUCUUAUCCAUAAACGACAAGUUACUCCACUUUAUCUGUUUUUUCCUCGCCACUGCAUUGUUCUACCUAAUAUGGGACGUAGACGAGUCAGCCCGUUCCUCGUACCUCUGGCGAAACGCAUCGUUGAUUCUAACACUAAUAACCUGUUUCGUAGUAGGAGGGGUGGGAAGCGAAAUAGUUCAGGGUAUGUUGCCGUAUAAAGUCUUUCAACUAGGUGACAUAGUAGCGAAUCUACUAGGGGCUGGAGGAGGAUUGUUUUUCGCUUGGCAUGGCGAGAAAAGGUGGAGAGCGCGGAGGGAGUUAGAGAGAUUAUAUGCUCCGCUGGAUAGCGAGGAGUAUGGCGAUUUGGAUCUGGAGGAAGGAGAUGAAGAGGAGGAAUUGGAGACUAUGCCAAGAAUGCAAGAUGGAGGGGGAGCGUUGAAGUCUAGUCUGAAACAAACCGGAGCGGGCGGGGGAAGCGGGAUAGGGGGGAAGAAAAAGGCUAGGUUUGGUGGUGGUGAGAUUUGGGAUGAUACCGUGGACGAUUUCGGUGGAGCAAGUUCGAGUCUUGGUGGGAAUGCGAGGCGGAGAGAGGAUCUGUUUUCUAUUGACGACGAUGAUGAGGAUGAUGAGGACGAAGGGGGAAAGACAAAAGCGAAUGCGAAUACUGCACCACUAAGUACUGGCGAUGAAGAUGUUUGGAAGCAAGCAGACAAGUAA